UUCUGGAAACCGAAACCAGACUAGGUUUAUGAAGCAUUUCCUGGGACGAGGAAAACCACCCUGUGGGGCCUUUCCCGGCUGAACGGUCCACAGAACACCUCCAGUUGCAGCCCACAGGGCUCCAGGACCGUCUUCAGCGGCUGCCAGGACGGGCACUUCCUGAUCCCAGGGCUGGGCUUCUAGGCCAGGCAAUGGCUCUCCUAUGGCUCCUGUCUGUGUGGUGGUUGCUGGUUUCAGGAACUCAAGGUACAGAAGACGGGGAUGUGCGUCUGGCUGAUGGGGCCUCUGCCAACGAGGGCCGCGUGGAGAUCUUCUACAGAGGCCAGUGGGGGACGGUGUGUGACAAUCUCUGGGACCUUCUGGAUGCCGCCGUCGUCUGCCGGGCCCUGGGCUAUGAGAAUGCCUCUGAGGCGCUGGGCAGAGCUGCUUUCGGGCCAGGAAGGGGGCCCGUGAUGCUGGACGAGGUGCAGUGUACAGGGACGGAAGCCUCGCUGGCCAACUGCAGCUCUCUGGGCUGGAUGAUGAGUCGCUGUGGCCAUGACCAGGAUGCAGGCGUGGUGUGCUCCAAUGAAACCAGGGGAGUCCACAUCCUGGACCUCUCUGCAGAGCUCCCAGAUGCGCUGGGCCAGAUCUUUGACAGCCAGCAGGGCUGCGACCUGUUCAUCCAGGUGACAGGGCAGGGUCGUGGGGACCUGAGCCUCUGCGCCCACAAGCUGAUCCUGAACACCAACCCUGAGGCCCAGGCCCUGUGGCAGGCGGUGGGCAGGACCGUCCUCAUGAGGGUGGAUGCCGAGUGCAUGCCUGUGGUCAGAGACUUCAUCAGGUACUUCUACUCCCGAAGAAUCGAGGUCACCAUGUCAUCCGUCAAGUGCUUGCACAAGAUAGCCUCGGCGUAUGGGGCCUCGAAGCUGCGAGACUACUGCGGACGGCUUUUCGCCACCCUCCUGCCCCAGGACCCCACCUUCCGUACACCCCUGGACCUCUACGCGUAUGCGCAGGCCACCGGUGACUCUGUGCUGGAAGACCUGUGCGUGCAGUUCCUGGCCUGGAACUUUGAGCCUCUGACAAAGGCUGAGGCCUGGCAGAGCGUUCCCCUCAGCUUGCUCCAGGCUCUCCUCCCGAGGAGUGAGCUGGUUGUGUCCAGCGAGCUGGAUGUGCUGAAGGCGGUGGAUCAGUGGAGCGCAGAGGGCAGUGCCUCCCACGCGGAGGUGGAGCGCCUGGUGGAGCAGGUCCGCCUCCCUAUGGUGCCGCCGGAGGGGCUGUUCGAGCUGCAGUUCAACCUGUCCUUGUACUGGGACCACCAGGCAGUGUUCCAGAGGAAGACCCUGGAGGCCCUGGAGUUCCACACCGUGCCUCUCCCCGUGCUGGCCAAGUACAGGGGCCUGAACCUCACUGAGGACACCUACAAGCCCCGGCUCUACACCUCCACCUGGAGCGCCCUGGUGCUGGCCCGUUCCUGGAGGCAGUAUGAGUCAAAUCAGUUGUACCCACUAGGCUAUGGCCAUGGCUAUGGCUAUGGCCAUGGCUACAACUCAAGAGCCCAGUACGGCAGCUACCAGUCCUUCCAGACCCCACCACACCCCAGCUUCCUCUUCAAGGACAAGCAGGUCUCCUGGUCAGCCACCUACCUGCCCACCAUGCAGAGCUGCUGGAACUAUGGCUUCUCCUGCACCUCUGAGGAGCUCCCCGUGCUGGGCCUCACCAGGUCCAGCUACUCCGAUCCAACUGUCGCCUACGAGAACAAAGCCCUGAUGCUCUGUGGAGGGAACCGAGUGGUGGAUGUCACCAGCUUUGAAGGCUCCAAGGCCCCUAUCCCCAGUGCCCUGGAUACCAAUAGUUCCAAGACCCCCUCCCUCUUUCCCUGUGCCUCGGGGGCCUUCAGCAGCUUCCGGGUGGUCAUCCGCCCUUUCUACCUGACUAACUCCACUGACAAGGACUAAGUGGCACACCUCAUGGUGGUCCCCACCUUGGCCCCCCUCCUCUUUGUAGCCACCUCCAGCAGCCUGCUACCAGGUUUCUCCCAAGAUGCCACUGUCUCUACGAGCUUGCAAAUUCACUAGAAGGUUCCAGCCAGCGCUCACCCCAGUGCUGAGACUUCCCAGGCUCUCGUUGUAGGCACGAGCAGGUUCUGUGAGGUCCUGUGGGAUUUUCUGUGCCUGCUGCAGUUGCUCAGUCUGUCACUGUCACUAAUCUCAACUCAUUAAAGUCACGUGUGCGUCUCAUGAUUCA